CGCGCAGGCGCAGUGAGGAGCUGGAAGCGCAGCAGGGAGGAGGGAGGGGCAUGGGGCGUGGCCUCCGUCGCCCUCCCGCCGCCGGCAAGGAGCGUGGCUGCCGUGGCUGCGCGUGCGCACUAGCCCUCCCAGUUAGGCCGCGGCCGCCUCCCGUCGCUUUUUCCCGGCCCGGCCUGCUCCAUCCCUCCCGGCCUUGCCUCACGCCGCCGCCGCCGAGAUGAUGAUGAUGGCGCUGAGCAAGACCUUCGGGCAGAAGCCCGUCAAGUUCCAGCUGGAGGAGGACGGCGAGUUCUUCAUGAUAGGCUCUGAGGUGAGGAGGGAGCGGGGCGCGGCGGCGGCGGCCGAGGGAGGCGGAGGGGCUGGAGCGUCGCCUCCCGCGCUCGUUGGGGGAGGCUGGGGGGGGGGGGUCCCAGUCGAGCGGGCGGCGGCGCCUGACGAGGCGGGUCCUGUGGCUGCGUCCCCUUGCAGGUGGGCAACUACCUGCGGAUGUUCCGGGGCUCCCUGUACAAGCGCUACCCGUCGCUCUGGAGGCGCCUGGCCACGGUGGAGGAGCGCAAGAAGAUCGUCGCCUCUUCCCACGGUGGGUGAGCAGGGCGGGCAGGCCCCCAACCCCACCCCACACACAGGGCCGGAUUUACCUAUAAGCUAAACAAGCUGUAGUUUAGGGCCCCACUCUCUUGGGGGGCCCCCCCAAAAAAAAUUAUGAGUCUUUGUGUUUCUAAAGGAACUUUUGUUACUGCCAAAUGCCAAUGUGUUUGCAUUAUUAGGUUUAUGAAUAAAUCAUUUUAAGUUACAGCUUCAUAAUUAUUUCACUAUUAAUAUACUACUUAAUUGUAUUUCAGUUCGACAAUUACUUUGAUAAAAGACAUAUUUUGUUUUGUUCAUAUGGCUUUAGAUACCUAUUAGGUCCACAAAUUACCAUAUAGCAUAUAUUCAGCACAAAAAACUGUGACAACUUAGUGUUGACAAAGGACAGCAGGACAUAUAAAAGGCUUCAUAAUUAUUUCACUAUUAAUAUACUUCUUUAAUUGUAUUUUAGUUCAACAAUUACUUUGAUAAAAUACAUAUUUUGUUGUGUGCAUAUGGCUUUCGAUACCUAUUAGGUCCAUAAAUUACCAUAUAGCAGAUAUUUAACACAAAAAAGGGACAAUUUGUUGUUGACAAAGGACAGCUGGACAUAUAAAGGGCCUUAUUACCUUCAGUAGCUUAGGGCCUCAUCAAACCUAAAUCCGGCCCUGCCCACACACACCAACCUGCUGGUAGGAGGAAGGGAGGACCGCUUCCUGGCCAGCCCCUUUCCAGGACCCCCCCCCCCCUUGUUGGCUAUGCAGCCUCAAGCAGCGGGAGGGGUUUUUGUGGGGAGGGGGUUGCAGCCCUUCCAAGGAGGGGGAGGAGGUUGUGCUGUUGUCAUCGUCUCCCAUCCCUAACUCCCCACCCCACCAGCCAGCAUUGCAAGGUCCCCGGCAUCAGCAUCUGCCCCUUUGACAUUUUCUUCUCUCUUCCCCACAGAAAACCAACGGAGUCACAGUCCCAGAAGAUGUAAGUCUAAACUUGGGGGUCUCUUCUUCUUACUGAGGCUCUGCUUUGCUUGCACCGAGUCUUCCUGCAGUGUCCAAAGGGCUACCUGAUAUAUGCUGAAUUUGCUUUGCCGCCUCUUUGAUUUUAAGAUUUUCUGGUCUUAUCUGUGGAGCCCAGAGUAGGGGUCGGGGAGCCUCACAUUGCUUUUUGACAAGCAAGGAUGUCUUCCCUGAAGAAGAGCAUCUCCCUCUUCCUGCAGGGCCUUGGAUUCCAGCACUGUGCCAAACGCUUGUUAGCAUUUUUGGUAGCUCUUAGAUAUGCAGCUUUUUUCUUCUCGUGGGUGUAGAGGUGGCAACGAGCGAUCUUGCCAUGGGUUUAGCAAUCUAGUACGCAAGCCGAGUGGGGAGAGGGAUGCACCUGCCACUCUACUGGUGCUAAAUCCUCGCUCAGCUCAGAAUAGGAAAGGGAUAAAUCCUGCCCACCUUUACAUCCCCUCAGUAUAGACUUUGGGCCGGUUCUGGUUUCUUUGAAUCAGCCCUGGAUAUAGGAUAUGCUUCCAAGAGUGUGUCUGGAGUUUGUCUCAGGGACUGGACAGCAUAGGUCUCUUAAAAGAUUUUUGAAGGGCAGGGAUGUGCUAUAUUCUGCCUAACCUGAAAGUGACUUGAGUUCUUCAAGUGUUUGCAAAGGGAGAGUUUUUAGCUCCGUUUUGUGAAAGCUGCUUGUCAGAAACGCAGGAGAAAGGGGGCCAGGGAAGCUCACUUUAUUCUAUGGGCAGUCUGGCUCCAGCCCAUGCGGACUAUUGAAGGGACCAUGAAAUGGGUGACUGCAUCUCUUAGCGGUGGGGGGGGGGGAAUCUCCUCACCUGGCAGAUGAUACCCCUCAUGAUCCACACCACUUUCUCUUCCUCCCUCUCCUCUUUUAGAUCACGGUUAUACCACACUGGCCACAAGUGUGACUCUCUUGAAAGCCUCUGAAGUAGAAGAGAUCCUGGAUGGAAAUGAUGAGAAAUACAAGGCAGUCUCCAUCAGCACUGAGCCUCCCACCUACCUUAGGUAGUUACAUAUUUAUAUAUUGCCUUCCCCCCCAAAGGAGCUUGAGGUUAUGUGCAUGGUGCUGCUGCUCCCACAUUUCAUCCUCAAAACAACCCUGUAGGUUAGGCUAAGAGUUGGUGACUGGCCAAGAUCACAUAGUGAGCUUCAUGGGCAGGUAGUGAUUUGAACCAGGGUCUCCCCAGUCCUAGCCUGAUGCUCUAAGCACUAUACCACAGUGGCUCUCCUUUCUGGGAAAAGAAAAGCCAAACAAGGCAGAAAGAAACUGUGUGAAGAAAGACCCUCAGUUUCCUCAGGAGACUUGCAGCAUAAUGAAAAGUUCUAAAAGUUACUCACUUUAACCAACAGCUCUUGAUUUUCCUGUCAGUGGGAUCCUGGGUUGUAUUAGUAGUCUAGUCUUAUGUUAUUUGAGUCACUAUAUUUGCAGCAUGUUGCAGAUGAAGGGUCAUGCCAUUGAGGUUUGUGUGCGUUCACUCUCACACACAUACAAAUGCUUAGGUUCUGAAGAUUGUUCCCCAUUCACCAGUGGUCUCCUCUCCUAGAGAACAGAAGGCAAAAAGGAACAGUCAGUGGGUUCCGACCCUUCCCAACAGCUCCCACCACCUUGAUGCUGUGCCAUGCUCGACCACCAUUAACAGAAAUCGGAUGGGCAGAGACAAGAAAAGAACCUUCCCCCUCUGGUAAGUUUGUUGCUGGCUCUUAGGAAGAAGUGAGGAAACAUUGACACACAAGGUAAUGCUGAGCGUAUGGACAGAGGAAGCCGAUUUGCAGAUCUGAGGGCUGCGGCUGUCAUAGAGUGGAUCCGCUGAAAUGAGUGAACAUGACUAACUUCAGUCCAUUCACUUCAGCGGGUCUGCUCCCAAGUGGAACUUGGUUGGCUACAACCCUGAGUUUCCCAGCAUUGGUCCUUCUCAUCAGAAUGGGGCUAAUCAUCAACUUCUAACAGGGAAGCAGGAUGCUGCAAUUCUUCAUAUACUCCCAUCCUUUAGUUGAACACUGGGGCAAGGCUUGAUUUUGGGAGCUCAGAUUUGUCUAGGAAGCCCUGCUCUCCUCCCAGGAAGAGUUCUCCCUAUCCCUGACGUGGCAUGCACUCUAUGCAUGUUCCUUUGUUUCCUGGCUCUUCCAAUGAAAACAAGCUUUGGGCCUUGAAACUCUCAUGCUUCUUUUCCCCCACCCACAUGGAGGCACUGUUCCUGCCUCCCCAAAUGUCUCUGUCCUGCCCCCCUUUUGUAUUUUAGCUUUGAUGACCACGACCCAGCCGUGAUCCACGAGAACGCCUCCCAGCCAGAGGUGCUGGUUCCCAUCCGCCUCGACAUGGAAAUUGACGGGCAGAAACUGAGAGACGCUUUUACAUGGAACAUGAAUGGUGUGUAGGAGAGAAGAAGUGGACAAUCCAACGUUAUAUAAAGUAUGACCUUUCCUAAUGCCUUAUAGUUCAGCUGCUCUGCUUCAGAAAAAUAGCAGAAACAAAAUCCAGUGGUUGCAGAAGUUGCUGAGGAGGCAGCAGUUUGAGAAGGAGUUUAAUUUGGGGGCUAGUGUUAGGGGUUGGGCAAAUGCUGUGGGCUGCAUCCUGGUCAAAUGUGCAUUGCCAAGAACCCCCUGGACCUCCUUGACACCAUUACAGGCUGCUUGUUCACCCGUCCCUGGUCUGGCACAGCAGAGAUGAGCAAGGAAACAGCUGCAGGAAAGAUGUUGUAACAGGCAUCUGGUGGCUACUCUCUGGAUGCUGGACUAUGUGGGCCCCUUUGGCCUGAUCCAGCAGCUCAGACAGUAGAGCAUGAGACUCUUUUAAUCUCAGGGUUGAUUCCUGCACUGCAAGAGGUUUGACUAGAUGACCCUCAUGGUUCCUCCCAACUCCACAAUUCUAUGAUUCUUUGCUCUUGUAUAGAGGAAAAGGGGAGUAGCUGCCACUGCCUAAUUAUUCAUAGAUUUGUCUGUUAAGCGAGUAGAUGGGAACAAUGCUGAGCUAAGAGGCAGGGGGCAGAGGCAGAUUCACUGAGGGGUAUCUUAACAAGCUCCCUUUUGUAGGCUGCUUAAGAUCCAUCAUUUUAGGGUGCAGUAAGUAAGCUGCUAGAUAUUAGACAAGCACCAUGGCAACAGUCUGGAUUUCUUUGCUUCCAUCAGAAAAACUAAUGACCCCGGAAAUGUUUUCGGAGAUUCUCUGCGAUGAUCUGGAUUUGAAUCCCCUGACCUUUGUCCCGGCAAUCGCGUCAGCGAUACGGCAGCAGAUUGAAUCCUACCCUACAGACAGUAUUCUGGAGGACCAGUCAGAUCAACGCGUCAUUAUUAAGGCAAGGAGACUUAGACAUAGUUGGUUCUGAAAGGGACUUUUGCUUGAGGCACACUGCAGUGGAUUUCCCAGUGAUGUGCUGAGUUCAAGUUGUACCCAAAGUAAAGGAGGACCUGCCAGUGGGGCUAUAUGCAAAAUCCUUAGCACUUAGAAGGAAGGAAAAGGGAGGAAGGCAUUUCCAUUUUCCUCAUUAGUCCACACCAAGGCAGGGUGGGGGCAAAGGGGUUGGCUUAAGGGCAUUUGAAAUAUAGGAUACUCAGUUGUGGCAUUUGCAUCUAGCUCAACAUCCAUGUGGGGAACAUCUCCCUGGUAGACCAGUUUGAGUGGGACAUGUCUGAAAAGGAGAACUCCCCAGAAAAGUUUGCCCUGAAGCUGUGCUCAGAACUCGGGCUGGGCGGCGAGUUCGUCACCACCAUCGCUUACAGUAUCCGGGGGCAGCUGAGCUGGCAUCAGAAGACGUACGCGUUCAGGUAAGGGGUGCAACUGGUGCUUCUGUAGGAUUGCAAAAGGGGGGGGAGGUAGCAAAUCCUAUAUUGUUUGGAUAUCCUGACCACAAGGCUCCAGCUAGUGUGUAACAGAGGCUGAUCUGCUUGGUGGUGUGUCCUCCAUAGUCUACUGCCUGCUUGGCUUCGGGCGUGCUGCUGGUUCUUCGUGUGAUGCCCCAUGAUGGAUCUGGCUUCAAAUUAAAGCACAUGCCCAAGUUCUCCAGGCUUUGGGGCUGAGCUGUGUUUCUUCCCCCUCUUCCAGUGAGAACCCCCUGCCGACGGUGGAGAUUGCCAUUCGUAACACUGGGGAUGCCGACCAGUGGUGCCCUCUACUUGAAACCCUGACGGAUGCAGAAAUGGAGAAGAAAAUUCGAGACCAAGACAGAAACACAAGGUGCGCCUUCCCCUGCGUACUGCCUUUUUGUCAAAGACAUGAGCUGAGAAGGGGAAGGUUUCGUUUUGUUUUGCCUCUUGUGACUUUGCAAGCAUCUCUCGUUUACUAUGCAAGCUGAACUCCAGACCUCAGCAAGAAGCACAGGGGUCCCAUUAGGUUACUUGGCCAUUACAACUUCCCACUGCAGCAAAUGCCACUGGUUGGUCGAAGUGGGACUUCUUGGAAACGUUUCCUCAUAGAUAUCAUGGGACGGCGUUGCAGUUUGGGGGGGAUGUGUUUUCACACCCACCUGCAGUUGCUCCGGUCUAAGCUAAAACAAUCCCCCACAUCUGCUGCUGCUGUUGCCAUCGCUGUUCAUAACAAUUUGUUUUCUUCCUUGCAGGCGGAUGAGACGUUUGGCUAACACAGCUCCAGCUUGGUAACCCUCCUGAAGUGGACAAGAGGAUUCAGCCUCCAGGCUGUGUCCAUGAGGAACCAAGCGUAGGGCAAGCAUUUGUUAUGCUUUCUAUGCCCACCUGGGGACUGGCGGUACUUGCAUUGGCUGGCCCAGCAGACCAGAGGGAUGGUGACCUCUCCACCUCGUGGGUACCUGUCAAACAAGGGGUCCAAUAAAGACCUGUGGCAGCUGUCUGAGCCCUUCUCUCCCCCCUCCCCCAAAAACCUUAGGACAAGUUUUUAAAUAAAUGAAUAAUAAUUUUUGUUUGUCAGGCC